AGGGGGCUAUACCAAAAUUCUCAAAGAUGGGAAAGAGGAGAGAGACAGGAGGAGAGAUGAACAAGUAUAGUAUAUUCUAGAGAGAGAGAGAAAACCAAAAGAGGAAUAGCUGGAUUCACAUGGCUGUUUUACUAAUGGGUCCUCUUUUUCUCUCUCUCUUUCACCUAACCGACAAUUAUGAUCUUUGAACAUUAAACAAAGGGGAAAUAACUCAAGAAAAAGAAUUCUUCUUCCUUCUUCAAUCCUUCUUUUUUUUUUAGCCCCCUUUUAUCUGUUGAUUUUGAGCUGGAGAAGUUAUGGCUGAUGAUAAGGAGAUGUCAACUCCUGUUAUGGAUGGGAACGAUGCAGUCACUGGUCAUAUAAUUUCUACAACCAUUGGGGGCAAGAAUGGCGAGCCAAAGCAGACAGUCAGUUACAUGGCUGAACGUGUUGUGGGGACUGGAUCGUUUGGAAUUGUCUUUCAGGCAAAAUGCCUGGAAAACGGGGAGACUGUGGCAAUAAAGAAGGUUCUGCAAGACCGUAGAUACAAGAAUCGUGAGUUGCAGCUAAUGCGCACUAUGGAUCACACAAAUGUAGUUUGCCUAAAGCACUGCUUCUAUUCAACUACGAGUACAAAUGAGCUUUUUCUCAAUUUAGUCAUGGAGUAUGUUCCAGAAACUAUGUAUAGAGUGCUAAAGCAUUAUAGCAAUAUGAACCAGAGAAUGCCACUCAUCUAUGUUAAGCUUUACACCUAUCAAGUAUUUAGAGGGCUGGCUUACAUGCAUACUGUUGCUGGAGUAUGCCACAGGGACUUGAAGCCUCAGAAUGUUUUGGCAGACCCUCUUACUCACCAAGUAAAAAUCUGUGAUUUUGGAAGCGCAAAGGUGCUGGUUAAAGGAGAAGCAAACAUCUCAUACAUCUGCUCGCGGUUUUAUCGGGCUCCUGAACUCAUAUUUGGUGCAACAGAGUAUACUACUUCAAUUGAUAUCUGGUCAGCUGGCUGUGUCCUUGCUGAGCUUCUUCUGGGCCAGCCAUUGUUCCCCGGAGAAAAUGCCGUGGACCAGCUUGUUGAGAUAAUCAAGGUACUUGGAACACCGACAAGGGAGGAAAUUCGCUGCAUGAAUCCAAAUUAUACUGAUUUUAGGUUUCCACAAAUCAAAGCACACCCUUGGCAUAAGGUUUUCCACAAACGGAUGCCUCCUGAAGCAAUUGACCUUGCUUCUCGGCUACUGCAGUACUCACCAAGUCUUCGUUGCACUGCACUUGAAGCAUGUGCACAUCCUUUCUUUGAUGAACUUCGUGAACCAAAUGCACGCCUUCCCAAUGGUCGCCCAUUGCCUCCUCUCUUCAAUUUUAAGCAGGAGUUGUCUGGUGCCUCUCCGGACCUCGUAAACAGGUUGAUACCAGACCAUAUCAAAAGACAGAUGGGACUGCAUCUUUUUGCAUCCCACGGUGACACGACGUAAAGUACAUGCUUAGAAAAGUAUACUAGUUUAUGAUCUAUAUAUGAAGGGAUCCAAGUUACAUCCCUUCCAGAGCAGAGAAGUCCAGUAUGACAAGCGACAGCAUCUCCUGGUCGAUAAGGACAAUGUAAUGGGCUGCAGUGCAUUUUAGUUCUGUACUUGGUAUUAUCUUUUUUGUUCCACUCUUCAAAGUCUUCCUAUGUUAGCAGCCAACUAGUGAAAAGGAAAUAUGUUUUUGUACAUGUUUGUUAGUAUUAAAUUGACCAGAAAGCUUCCAGGGACACGAUUGAAUGACAUGUAUGGACAAGUUGCAAGGCUCCAAAAGGAUUGCCAGGACUUGAAAGGGCAGUGUUUUUUCUUCUUAAGUUGAUAUCUCACUUCAGUUUGUAUGUAGCAGUCUUCUACUUUGAAAAAAGUUGCAACCAAAUUUGUGUUACAGUCGCUCUUAUGUGAUUAUGAUUAAUCAAACAUAUCUAUUUUGUUGCCUCUUGA